UGCACUAGGGCUUGUAUACUGAAAGUGGUACCUUCCAUACAUCUACGCAAUUUCUUCAUGGAUAAAAGUCAUUAGUUCGUUGUAUUUUGGACACUUUGGAUGGUAUAAUAGAGUACACAACCAUUGAUGACGUCAGUUGCCUGAUUUCUGUAAGUGACAGGUGAUUCUUGAUUAAGAUGACAAGAUCUUGUAUAUAGCCAUGAGGAAUAUAGCCAUGAGGAAUAUAACAGAGCAGAUCAAGUGUGAGAGGCCUUGCUUGGUGAGAGUAAAGCUGAACAACCAAGAAAAGACUCUAGAUUUUGGCACAAAACCAGACACCAUGGAGAACAGUGUUAGUGGCAUUAUAGUUGAUGAAUCCCAGGGAUUUGUUGUCACUCAUGGGUCUUUGAUAGCCCCGUUUCUAAGUCACCAUUCUAGAAUACUUUCUGGGUUGAGGAAAUAUAACCAUUUUAUCACCUGUGAUGAACAGAUCUCAGUUGAUGUCUUAGUUCAAGAAAGUGAAAAAGUACAGUCAUUUGAUAUAAACUCUCAACCCACGUCAAAAAGGCCCAAGUCCUAUUUCACAGAACUUCUGAAUUGCAGUGUAAACAAGGGCUGUCAUGGAAGGUCUCUGCAACAGUUCAGAGGGAGGCUUAUUUCUGUCUUUAAGUGUAAAAAAUUUGAGGAUGCAUUGCAGCAUCUGAUGCCUGUGGAAGCCGGCUGGAAAUUCAAUGAAAACUACCAAAAACAAUCUGAUGUUAAUGACACACCAACCAACCAAUCACAUAUUGCCCUGAACGAUGAAGUUGCCCAAUCAUUGGUGGCAUUAUUGCCAUGUUUUGUUCUGAUUGGUUUGGAGAUGCCUGUCAGAUGUGAUGAUGAACCAUUAUGUUUGCCACAUUUCCAACAGUGCAGAAUAGGUGACAUGUCUGAGGUGGUUGCCACACCUUUUGGAGGUUUGAGUCCAGAAGUGUUCAUGAAUUCAUACAGUAAAGGUGUCAUUAGCAAUGUGUCAGGGGGCAGUGGUGUUCUCAUGCUGACAGAUGCAAGAUGUAUUCCAGGGAGUGAAGGUGGUGCCCUCUAUGUCAGAGACGCAAAUGGCAUCAGGUGUUUGCAAGGGAUCAUAGUGUCACCGUUAUGCUGGAAAAACAAUGAAUGGAUUGGUCUGGCUCUGGCCUGCUCUCUUAGAGAGAUUCUGUAUGACAUGGCGGAUGUUCUCUCGUCAGCAUCUAGAUCACUUCCAAUCAAGCCUGGAUUAAAAACAAGGAUAGAUUCAUCACAGCUAGGUGCUAGCCCAGAAAGUAUGUCAGUGGUAUUAGUCAGGAGUGGAUCUACCUGGGGUUCUGGUGUGCUGAUUGACCAUCAGCUGGGACUACUGCUUACUUGUAGUCAUGUGGUCAAGUGGGGAACUAAGCCUGCAGUUUUGGUUAAGUUUCCAGUCAGAAGAAGAUGGUUCACAGCAGAUAUUCUGUACUGCACUCCAGCAGGUCAGCAGUUUGACAUCGCCGUGCUGCAGACCAGAGACCCUGUACCAGAAGGGACAAGGGUACAGCCUUUAUCAGCUCAAGCAAUCAAGGAAGGUCUGGAUGUUCAGGUCACAGGUCAUGCCCUUUUUGAUGAAGACAGAUGUUUAACUCCAUCAGUGACAUCAGGGGUCAUCUCCAAGAUUACCAAGUUCAGUGAGAUACCUGUAUUAAUUCAGACAACGUGUGCAGUCCAUGCUGGAGCGAGUGGUGGUGUGGUCACUGACCAGGUGGGUCAUCUACUGGCCAUUGUUGUGUGUAAUGCCAAAGAUAUAUCCACUGGAGCAUGUUACCCCCAUGUCAAUCUCUGUGUGCCAAUUAACACUAUCUGGCCAGUCAUAGACAGUUAUAGGAAAUCCAAAGACAAGGAAGUGUUAAAAGCUCUCCAUAUCAGUAAUCAAUAUGUACAGAAAUUAUGGAAUCUUGGGAUGAUGGAUAACAGCAGAGGUGAGAAACCUACAAUGAUAACCAGCAAACUGUGAAGAUGGGAAAAGCUGAAGAAUUUUGUACCACAGUAAUAACUGCGAUAACAGUGUGUUAUACAAGAAAAGGAUGAGUUGUACAUGGAUGUGUUAAUGGCUGCCAUUGUUUUAUCACUUAACACUCAAAAUCCAUGUGACACAGCUGUAUGUGUUGAAGAUAUAUAAUUUGUAUCUAGGCUGACUACAGUUACAGUCCAGUAAUUUUUGUUCUACUGUGUAAUUUUGAUCUUUUAUGGAGUGCUAAAGUAGGCUGAAAAUGUGUUCUUAUUUUGUGAUAGCUGAUGAUGCUUAAACUUUUCUCUUAUGUAUUAGAAUUGUUGAAGAUUUAGGGUUUGAAAUUAAGUUGAGGUACAUUCACAUUCAUUUUGGCUCAAUCAUUGAUGUUUAACACAUUUACAUUUUUUUGUGUUUCAGUCGCUUCACAUAAAUUCUUUUUUAUUACUUGGAGAUGUACUGAUUUAGAGAAGCAAUAUUUAACACCGUUAAAUGUUACAUGUCAUUACAAGAGCAAAAUUAGCAUGAUGCAGAAUGUGGUAACAUCUGUCAAGUCAACGAGAGAUUGGUAUGCUUAUACAGCAAUAAUAAGUUUGGCACGGUUGAUGCUUUUAUUUACUCUUCAUAGCUUGAGCUGAUCAUUUGAAAUGAAAAUUGAUAUUCUGAGCUAAGCGUUAAAUUUUCCAUCUUAAAUUGAUUGCUAGAUUCACAUAUAUUUUGAAUAUCAUUUUAAUAGUUUUUGUGACUUGUUUUACCCAAGUCAUUUGUCCUGAUAAAUAAAAUUAUGCUUUAUGAAAGA